UUUUAACACUUAAAAUUUUCACCAUUAGUUUCCGCCUCAACUUCCCCUAAAAUUUUCAGUUCCCGCUCCCACUCCCCCCAAUUUAGUCCUAAAUUCAGAACAAAUUGAUACCAAAUUUAUUUUAUUUCCCCCUAAAUCUUCUCGAUCUUUUUUUUUUUGUGUAUGAAGAAGUCGAUUGCUUUUUCCAAUCAAUCAUAUAUUUCCCUAUCGUUACAAAGGAAACCAAAAUCAAUUUUAUCUAUUGGUUUAAUAAUCUUUCCUAUGUCUGUAGGAGUAGUUAGAUUGAUGGUUUUUUCUUGUGUGAUUUUUACAUCUGAUUUCGCAUUAGGGUUUAUUUUUGUUUGAUUUUGAAAUCCAAUUUUGUAUUAGGUUUUUUUCUUUCUCUGUAUGGCUUAUGGGCGUUUUGUUGAAGGUCUUAAAUCUUUUCCUUCUUAACCCUAAUUCGAGGUUUGGCUGAAGAAGAGGGAAUGGUAAUCAUCUAUCUCACUCCUACUGUUGAUCUUGUUAUUCAGGAUGGUUUCAAAAAUGGUUUAAUCUCAAACAAGUAAACUUCCAUCUCAUCGCGUCUCAACGGUAAUUGCUCAUGAUGUUUCAUACAUUUCAGGUUAGAUGUUUAUCUUAUUGAAUGACAUCGUACUGUAAAUGCCAGUUAUACAUAUUGGACUAUUAGUCUUAAGUGGAUUCAUUAGCAAUUACAGUUGUGCAACAUCUUUUCCUUUGAGCGGCGAAUGUUUCUGAGGUUGAACUAAACUGAACUUUUGUAUGCUUGUAUUGUUAAUUCCUUUUCAUUGUGUUUGAAAUUUUUUUCAUCACUCAAACAAUCUUUGACCAUAAUUUCAUGUGAAGGUUCCAAAGAUGAAUUGAAACUUAUAUAUCACCUGCCUUACUUGUGGGUGUACAUAGAGAAUCAUACACAAAAGUUUUACCUCAAGAGUUAUCUCAUAUAUUGGAUUAAAUAAUUAUUAUGUACUUAUAGCUAUAUUAAUCUUUAUUUAGUUGGUGGUGUAAUUAUAUAAAUUGGUGAGAGGGACAGAUGUCUAGAGGGGCAGAUGUUACAAAAGAUGAUGAUAUGGUCCAACUUCUUUUAGGUAAUGUUGAGUGGUAGUGUAAUUAAAUGGGAUCAUAUAAAGGAGCAAGUGAUGACAUUUCGUUGGGAGACCGGUAGAUAGAAACAGAAGAAUGAAAAUGAACACUAACUUGAUGACCCACCAUGAUAUUGGUUUCUGAUGGUGGAAGGAUGAAAGCACUUGUGCUCUUAGAAAUUUAUGGUAAGAAUAGUGAGUUUUUCUAGUUAAAUUAUAUAUGGGAGUAAUAAUAUACGCGUAAUCUAUGCUACUGACCAAAAGUCUGUGAAGAAUUUAUAGUUUUUCUUUUAUUCUCAGUUAAUCGUAGGAACAUACUUGAAGUUUGGGUUUGUAGAAAAUAUGCUUACUCGCGAUAAUGUUCCAUGAAAAUAUUUCGAUUAUCACUGAUCCUAAAACUCUGUUAUGAGAAGUUGGGAACAGGGAUGUGCAUCAUCUAAUCGAAAAUUAAUCCAUCCUUGCUGGCUACAUUUUUCCUGAUGUAAUGUGGAUAUGUUUUUCGUUCUUAUCAAGAGGAUGGAUAAUAUGCUCUACCUAUCUUGUCAAUUCCUCUUUAAAUUAAAGUAUGCUUAUUGCUAGAUAUACAUAAUCUUGGCCAGGUAAAGUCUACUGUGUUGGCGGCUUGCGAACGUAGGACAAUUCCCAAAGUUACCUGUAUCCCUACUCUGAAAUGUGUUUACACAUAUGACAAAUAUCUUUCAUAUGAUAUCUGAUGAGAUCUUUUUUAUUCAUUUAAUUUGUAUUCAUUUGUUUGUAGGACAAUUCCCAUCAUUGCAGGAAGAGAACCUGGCAAAAAAUGAAUUUAGCUUACCAUGGCUGAGAAAUAAGCCACUUUGUCUAGAUAUCUUUGACCAAUCACUAAUCUCACUUCAGAGCUCUUGGUUCAGUAUCCUGAAAGCAAUAUAUAUAUACUUUAGGCUUAUUCUGGUUACUUCUCUUAGAGCUCAGAUUACAUAUUGUUAUGUGUUCGUGCGUUGGUUAUUGAGUCUUCCAUCUUUAAUUCAAGUCAACAAACCUGGAGUAUCUGCAUUGACGCAAGCAAUUGGCCAGGUUUUAAAGGAAAGCCCUCAUCUUGGUUCACUGCUCGCUAGGAAUGGAAAAAUAGUUGCAGCUGGAUAUGUGGUGACCGGUUUGGAAGGUGAAGUCUGUCACCAUAGAACUGUCCAAAAGAACGAGGGUAAAGUUCACAUAGAGUGCGUCUACGAUGAUUCUGCACCAAUCUGGGACCCUCCUCAAGGUGAUGACUACUAUAAGCUAUCUUCGCAUGUUGGUGGUGGUUGGAUAGUAUGGUAUAAGAAGCGUUUGCAAGUUACAAAUUAAACUUUGUGUACCUUGUUACAGAUAAGUACUAUUAGGCAGAAUUUAUGUUUUAAUUUAUAAUAAUUUUUAGUUUUUAUUGUUUAGUGUUUUAAAAGUGUAUUAGGAUAUUAGUUGAUGUUGAAACAAAUUUCUUUAUAUUUAAUUUAAUUUCUAUUAGAUUUGUUGGGUACUAUUUUUUAAUA